CGCUCACAGUUGUGAUCGCGCACUGAUUUCGUCUCGGCCCGCACUCCUGCGCACACCUUCAACAUAAUAUUAUAAACAUUGACAAUAUGGAGGUGAAACCUGUUCGACUUAUCAUCUUUAAUAUCUUUCUCGCAGUGAAUAUUCACACGAGUUUAGAAUGUCCAAGCGAACUAGAAGACGCGAAAGCGGCGUACAAAUCCGGGGAAAUCUUCGACCAGUCCGGCACACCUAUAACCCUGGACAAAAUCAAGACCAAGCUGAAGGACAGCGGUAUUUUUGACGUGAACGACACGACGCUGAACGAAAGAGAGAAGAAAGAACUCAGCAAGCUGUUUGAAGCCGUCGAAAUUAUGACCACGUCAAGGGCGCGUCAACCAGGGAACGUUCAGAAUGUCUUCUCCUCUAUAAGGAUCGUGGAACGAGCGGUGAAGAAGCAACUGAAGGAAGGACAGAUCUCUGAGACGCUCGCUGCCAAGUUCAAUUGGGAUAAGCUGAAAUCCAACCGCAUCAAGCGUUCGAAGCCAUUGUACAGUUUCAACAAGGAGACAAAGAUGCGAGACUUUGAUACAUCCUCGUAAUUAGUAUAGCUUUAAAUACACCGUACUGAGGGGGAUGAUUCAGCUCACGAUUCUGAGUUAAUAUCGUGUAGUAAGUUGAAUUUUUCGUCGCAAAAACCACUAACAUUUUCACAAUCAUUACCUAAAUCAUUCCCCUCUAAAAAUAACUAAAUAGGUAUAUAAAAACGAAAUAUAAUAAUAUAUAUAUCUAGUUGUCUGUCACUACGACUGAAUUAGUGAAAAUGAUUAGGUAUCACGAACGCAUGAUUGUAAUUUAAUUUAAAUUCAGAAACUAUAAUUAUUAUUUUCCUAUUUACAUUUUAAAAUGAAAAUUACGAGUUUAGCACGUGAUUAUACCGACUAGAUUCUUACACAUAAAAUAAGCGAAAAAUAGACAUAAAUAAAUAACAAAAACAUCGGCUUUUAAGAAUAAAUAUGUGAUAGAAUAACACGGAUGCAAUAAAAUAAAGGAAUGAUUUCUCGAAACAGAACGAAUGAUAAAUUGAUUACACGUUUAUGGAUUACUUUGUGUAGUGGUAGAAAAAAACGAAUGAAUAUGCUAUUAUCUAUUAUAUAUCUUUUAAAUAAACGUGAUGCACUUUAAGCCACAUUUUAUAAAAUUAUUAUAGUGAAUAAAACGAAAUUUCCGACUACUUUAUGUACAAAGAAAUAUUUUUAUUACAUUAAAUAGUCGAUGUAAUUUUAGUCGUAAAUCGAUGUUUAGAAAUAAGAUUUGACUGAACUUCUGUGUUUAGCGUGCAAUGGAUUGUCAUUUUA